AUAAAGUAACAGGACUCCUCUGUCUCCUUUUUGGACAUAAACCUCUGGUGUUUGUGGAUUAAUUUUCCUGACAGGUGUCACCCAGCAGUCAGAGCUGGGUGUAAAUGCAGCCUCUGUCACAGCAGAACAGGCAGCUCGGGGCAGAUCAAAGUCAUGUGCCUUUAUUCCCUUCUCCAAAAGGACUUGAGGGAGCCAGGAAGGAUUUGUACAGAAGUCAGGAGAAGUUAGUAUGAGUUAACAGCAAAGUUUUCUGACUGAAGAGUGCCUGAAGUGCAGAGCACCCAAAAAGCUCAUUAUCCUGUUAAUCCACAGCCAACUCCUCUCCUUCCCACUGCAGGUGCCUUCCUAUCCUCCAUUUUCCCACAUUUUCUCUCUGGAAUGUGCAGGCCCAGCAGUGCCCCUGCCUUGGGCAGCUCACCACCUGGAAUAACCUGGGUUUUGGUCCUUCAGAGACUUUACAGGCAGGUGCUGCUCUAGAUCCCUCUGGUAUCUGCUCUGGGAAUGCCUGGUUGCCCAUCAGCUAUCCAGGACCCAAAUCCACUCAACCCAGCUGUCAGAACUGCUCUAAAGUAAGUCCUGGAGGGUGUGUUUUGAUCAGAGGUGAGGUUGCACCAAGAUCAGAUCAGUGAGGAUGUCACAACCUGGUGGAUCAGAGCCUCCUGCUCCCCCUCCUCCCAACAGGAAGCAUCUUCAUUGGCAGGAAUUAGGCUACAAGCCGUUGGCAUUAUUUUGCAUGCUUGGCUGGAGAAAUGCCCUUUUUUUAAAAAAAAUCCCUGUUUCUGUCGUUGUUCAGACCCUGCAAAUCAAACCCCAGCAGAUGUGCAGGUGGAAGAUCAGACUGGGAGGGGAAAUGCACCUGCUGUGACAAGAAUCCAGUGGCAUUUCUGGCACAGGUGAGCAAGGGGAGAAACAAAAGCCUGAUGGUGAAAGCCAAGCUUGGCUGUGAGUGCUGAGGGAGGCACCACCCUCUGUAACAUCACUCAGGCCUCUCACUCCUAGAAAGUGUGAGUGAUCCCUCCAGGAACUGUAAUCCAAAAUUGUCUCUGGCCCCAGAAGGAAUUAACCUGUCAGCUGGGACUGAGCAGGGGCAGCUGAUUCCUAUCCCAGCUCUCCAGAGGAGUGAAACACUCCCAGGUUUUGUUUAAAUCCUCACCGUUAGUGCCUUAAAGCCCUUCCUUUUCUCCUUUCUAUUACUACUGCGGAGAUUAAGAGGCAAUAAAAGAUUGUGCAUCGCAGCUGUUGGGGUUUUAGGAGUUGUCUUUUUGUUUUACUUUUCUCAGAUAAUUUUUUCCCAUACACGCCCCCAGCAGCAAUACGAUGCUAAGAUAACGUUAAUUACUGGACACUUAAGAAAGACAAAAGACCUGGCCACAGGGGGAGUGGCCCAGCUGGCCACCUUCCUAUUCCCUGGGGUUUUCUCGGCUAGGACAGAGAUGCCGCGAGAUUGGAACUGGAUAAAAGGGGUGGACUACAGCUCCUAGCCCACUUGCUCUCUCGGCCUUCAGAGGGGAAAGAAGCUGCGUUCGCUGCGGGGAGAAUCCAUCACCGCUGCAGGCUCCCGCCUUCCUUCUACCGCGAGCGGAGCGCUGCUCGCUGGAGCGGCCGCUGCAUCGGGACCCUGCUUUAACACCCUCCUUCAGCGAACCACGGACUUUCUCACCAUCUACUGGGCUGCCUCAGGGAUAAAACCCGGGACCCCGCCUUUCUGUGCCCCGCACCUUCGCUCGUCCGCAGCAGCAGCAGCGCCGGCCGGGUACCGCCUCGCCAUGGCCAAGCAUCACCCGGACCUCAUCUUCUGCCGCAAGCAGGCGGGCGUGGCGAUCGGCAGGCUCUGUGAAAAAUGCGACGGCAAGUGCGUGAUCUGCGACUCGUAUGUGCGGCCCUGCAGCCUGGUGCGCAUCUGUGACGAGUGCAACUACGGCUCCUACCAGGGCCGCUGCGUCAUCUGCGGGGGACCCGGCGUGUCCGACGCCUACUACUGCAGGGAGUGCACCGUGCAGGAGAAGGACAGAGAUGGGUGCCCCAAGAUCGUCAACCUGGGCAGUUCCAAGACAGAUCUUUUCUAUGAAAGGAAAAAGUACGGCUUCAAGAAGAGGUGAUCCUAUUCGUAGCUGGCUGCCUCCUGUUCCAUGUUUCCUUUGAUAGAUUAGUGCAAGGUCAUUUCUUGUAACCACUUCUGUAGGAUGCAUACCAAUAAAACUCCUUCUUUUGGGUUUUUUGGGGGUUUUUUUACAUUUCGGAGCGCGCCCCUGCAGCCGCGGGGAACCGUGUU